AUGGAAAAUACUUGUUUAACGCCUGAAGGAAACCAUAUAUCAGUGCUUUAUAUUUAUCAGAAUCUUCUUAUGUUUGAAGAAUCUUUAAGACAAGAGUAUAUUUCCCUUUAUCUUCGUCGGCGCAAAUAUUCUAUGUUCUUAACAGGACUUUUAUCAUGGAAUACAUAUUUCUUUUAUGGUUCAUUGAUUAAUCCGUCUAAUUAUUAUUAUGUUUCUUUACUUUACCGAUUGUGUCUUUUAGCUGGAAUGAUUACAUUUCUGUUGUUCUAUUUGUCAGGACUUUAUAGUCGAACAUUAACACUGCCUCAAAAGUUUAUUCCUUAUACAAAUAAAUGUUUAAGACCCUACAAUUUAAAAAUUGUACCAAAUCGGCUGACAAAAUCACGUUUAUUGCAAUUUUUGCCUCAUAAACUUUUUAGAAGACCGGAUUUAGGUGAAGGAGGUAUCCGUUUGGUUCUUCUUGGCAAGGGAUUUGAUCGAAAUUUUUGUGAAGGAUGGGAAAUUUUUAGACAGGAGUAUUGGAUUAGUGAGCAAAAUCGCUUAACUCAAAAGAGGGAAAAGAAACUCAAAGAAAGUCCAUAUAAAAAAGAUAAUAAGCUAAAGAAGAAAAGAGAAUAA